UUACUGCUACACUAAAACCAUUAAAUUAAUAAAUAAGUAACUUUAAUUUUAAAAGACCAGGAUCUGAGUGGUGGUAUAUUCUUUUCUAUCCUUAUAUAGAGUUAUACAUUUCAUACUACUCCUACAAUAAACUAGUCAAUUGUAUGUUCUGUCUAAUUUAUUGUUAAUUUGUGAUUAGAAAUUUUAUUUAUAUAUUUUUAACCAAAUUAUUCUGUUGUUGUAGUUGUAAAGACUUGUCUAUAAUUAUUGUUAUUAUAGUUGUUGGAUACCUAUUGUAUUAUUUAAAGGUAAUUUCAAAAUUAAUUUCUAUGAAAAUUUAAAACUCUAGAAUGAAGAUUUCGUUUGAAAUUGAAUUAGUUUUACAUGAGUGAUAUCAAUAGUUCAUCAAAAUGUUAGCAGAAGGAGCUCAUUAUAUUAAACGAAGAGUAAGAUCUGGUGCCAUAGAUGCUCAUCCAACAGAAACUGCUAUUGUUGUCAAUUAUGAACUAGAUGCUUUUGUACUUGGUGAAAAUGGUGAACCUGUCAUAGGAGAUCAUAAGGAAUGCCAAAAAGUUAUACAUUUAAAAAGUUUAAAUAACAAUACAGAUUGUAGAGCUUUAGCAAAAGAAAUUAUACAUAAAUGCAAUCUUAUACAUGAAUCAAAACUCUAUGAUGUGGAACACUUGAUUUACUAUUUACAAACUCGUAAAACUGCAGCAAUUACUAGUAAUAAAUUAAAAGAAGAUAAAAGUCAGUUGGGAUUAGAAAAUAAUGUAUCUAUUACUUUAAAGAUUUGUGGUUUAAUGCCUGACGAUAAAGCUAGUUUAGCAAAAAUUGAUGAAUACAUAGAAAUGUUAUAUGAUGAUAUACCCCAAAAAAUUCGAGGUUCAGGAUUUAUUUUGAAAGUUACUAGUGACAAAGAUAAUCUUGAAGAAUUAUCAUUAUCAGAACCUGCAAUGAGUGCUUUGUCGAGAGUUUUACGUGAAGAAUAUCGCAAAAGCUUAGAUCUUAGUUCAAAUAUAAUAAAUAUAUUUCUAUGCUUUUCUGCAUACCAAGUAUUUCAUAAGAUUCUUAUAGAUCAUAAAGUAUGCUUUUUAUGUAUUGAUGUGUUGGAUUAUGAAUUAAAUCGGUAUGAUAAAAUUAAAAGUCAAAUUGUUAAUACUCCAAAAGAUAUUAAAACUUCUAAAUUACCCACUAUGUCAAAAUUACCUGUACCUAAAAGUGCUCCAGGUGUAUCGAAAAUAGCGCGAAGCCAGAUACCUAUUAGUGCUUCUAAUAGUAAUGACAAUCGAAGACAUUCUGCAUCAUAUGAUAAUACUAAACAAAAUUUAAAAGAAAAUAAAACUAAAUAUUCAGAUACUAGUUGUAUUAAACCAAAUACAGUUACAAGAAGUCCAGAUGAAUUAGUUAUCCACCAAUUGAGGAGAAAUUUAUUUAAAUUGGGUAAAAACCAAGAUCAAGCAUUAAAAGGUGCUGUAGAGUUAAUUUAUAAUUUAUCUGUUGACAAAUCAAUGGAAGAAAAGAUUGUUCGUAAAGGAAUUAUUAAAUUACUGUGUCAGGUUUUAGAAAGAACUAGUACUGAUUUAUUGCUAGUUAGCAUUAAGCUUUUAAUAAAAUUGUCAGUUUACAAAGAACAUAUUGAUAAAAUGAAAAAAUAUUCAAUCAUAGAAAAGUUACCAAAAUUAUUUAUGAUGAAAAAUCAUAUAUUGGAAAAUCAUACUAUUAAGUUAUUGUACAAUUUAUCUUUUGAUAUGACACUUUGUGAUUGUAUUUUAAAAGUGGGUUUACUACCAAAGAUAACAGAUUUAAUAACUGUAGAAGAAAAUAGUGAAAUUAUAUGCAGGUUGUGUUAUCAUUGCAGUAUGGAUGACAGAUCACGAGCAUUAUUUUCUCAUACGAACUGUUUAUCUAAGAUUGCAGAUUUACUCUUGACAGUGAGGCAAUUUAAUCUAAUAUUGUCUGCAUUAUGCAUUAAUUUGACAUUAAAUGAGCGUAAUUCACAACUUUUAAUUGCAAAUCGCGGAUUGAAACCUUUUGUGCAAAUGGCUAUUGAUAAAAAAGAUUUAAUGUACCUUAAAAUCCUUCAUAACAUGUCUAGUCAUGAAAGCUUAAAGUCUCAAUUUGUUGAACUUAUUGGUAAUUUUUCCCAUUUAAUCACAACUCUGCAAGAUAUUGAAUGUAUCAUUGAAUGUGUUGGUAUUAUAGCAAAUGUUAAUGUUCCUGGAGUUGAUUUUAAAGAACUUUUGGAAAUGAAUAAUUUAAUUUCAUGGAUGGUACAAUAUGUAAAUAAUGCUUGUCAAUCAAAUAAUACUCUUGAUGAUACAAGACUUUUAAUUGAAGUUAUAAAGCUACUAGGUACUGUAUCUAAAGAUGAAAAUUGUGGAGAAUUACUUUAUGAACAGGGAACUAUACUUCAAGCUAUAAACUUAUUAAAAAAUCAAAAAGGUGAUAGUGAGUUAGCUAUCCAAAUUAUGUAUUUUCUGUAUGAGUUAAUGUGUCAUCCAAUUACUGGAGAUUAUAUCAUACAAAAAACAGAUUGCCCUAUCUAUAUAAUUGACUUAAUGCAUGAUCCUAAUGUGAGGGUUCGUAAAAUGAGUAACUAUUGUCUUGAUAUUAUUAAGGAAUUUGAUGAAACUUGGACAAAAAAAAUAAGAGCUGCAAAAUUUUGUUGGUUUAAUGCUUAUUGGCUUAAUAUGAUGAAAGGUGAAUGUGACAUGCCAACUACAAAAUUAAAAUAUAACAACAAUGAAAUUAAUGUUUAUAGUUUUGAUCAUCAAGCAGUUUUAAUGCCUGAAGAUGAUUUUAUGUUUGAUAAAGAGGAUGACAUUGAAAUUAUGUCAACUAAAAUUCAAAGUAGUCCUGAUAGUAGAUACUUAGAUGAUCAAUUUGACUUGGAGUCAUUCAAUGAAGAACAAUAUUCCUUUGAAAAUUGUGAUGAAGAUAUUGAUGAUGACCAAGAAGCUCAAAUAGGAGCUACAUUCAAAAAUAAUAUUUUACAUUUUGCAGAGUAAUUUUACCGUAUAUCUAAUAUAUAUGGAAAUUUAGGAAACAAAAAAUUUGUUAAUAUUGGAUUUCUAUUGAGCUUAAAAAUAGUUUAAAACUUAUAAUUUUCUGUAAUUUUCUCUAAAUAUGCAUUUUUUAAGACUUAUUUUCUACCUUUAGUUACCAAUUUUUUAGGUUUAUAAAUAACCAUUGAAAAUUUUUCACAUUUUAAAAUUUAUAUUAUAUAAUAAUAAUUAUUACACCUAUAUAUAACAUAUUAUAUAAAACAUAUACCAAUGCAUCAAAGAAGCUUAAUCUGUGUUGGUGGCUUAAUACUCAAAAUAUUUAAAAUAAAAAAUAAAGUACAACAGAGUUUUUCAAAAUGGAUUACAGAAAAAUUAUAGUUAUUACAAUGUGUUAGCUUAGUCUUGGCUAAGCUAGUUAAUUCCAUUGAACAGUACAUUAUUGACUGUUAUCGGCUACGGUUGAUGUUACUUAAUAAAUACUGGAAGUGUUUCAUGUGGUUUA